GAGCUCGCCGGGGCGAUAAGCAUCAGUAAAUCAGCGCAAAACAAGCCAUAAAACACGGCGGGCCGAAAAGAAACCCGUACACUCUCAUCGGGCCAACUUCUCCGCAUCGGAACAUGCACAGAACUGGCUAAUAAAACAGUUUUCUUCGAACCAUAGGCCACCGCAACUAGUUUCGGCAUCGCACAUGCGAAAUUUAUUCUCGCCGCCGGUUUCCUCUCCGCAUCAUUGCUUCAUUGGGGGAUGUCUCAAAGUGGAGAUCUCUCGCAGAUUGGCCCAAGAUCAGUUCGCCACGAGCCGCGAACAUCGGCGGACUUGCAGAUCUGCAAGCAAUUACCCGGGAUAUACGGAUAUAGCAAGGAUAUUUACUAGAACGCAAACGGAUAUACAAAGGAUACAAUGCGUGGAUUCGUGUUGCUGGUGGGAGUGAUCUCCUUACUGGGCCAGGGAUCUCUCGCCUCGGACUACUUCUCAUCCAUUACGGGUCUGGAGGAGCUCCUGCACACGGAGCAGUAUCUCACAAGGGAACUCAGGUCGAAGGUCAAUGCAUUCAAAACUGCACUGCAACAGCUGGAGGGCGAGCUGUCCUCCAUCGAGAAGGAGCACACCAUGGCCGCCACGGAUACGGAGAACUACCUGACCAAUCCGGUGAACGUGUACCGCCUGAUGAAGCGCCUCCACACGGACUGGUCCCUGAUGGAGGAUCGAGUGCAGCUGAUGGCCGCGGAGAUGAAUUUCAAUGCGACCCGGGAGUACGGGCUGAGCUACCCCAGCCAGGAGGACGUGGAGGGAGCUGCUCUGGCCCUCGUCCGCCUGCAGAGCACCUACAAACUGGACGUGGCCCAGGUGGCCCAGGGCAUCCUGAAUGGCGUCAAAUACGGCUCCGACAUGAGCUGGCAGGAUUGCUUCGAGCUGGGUCAACAACUCUUUGAAAUGGAGGACUACAACAACACCAAGGUCUGGCUGCGGGAAUCGAUGGAGCGCCUGCGACGUCACAGCAGCCACGCCCACAGCCAGCAAACGCCCACCAGCGGACCGGAUACGCUUACCCUCAACAAAAUGGAGGCGACGGCCAAGAGUUUGUUCCAACUGGGCGAUUUCGACACGGCUUUCGAGCUGAGCCAGCGAGUGCUGCAGUUCGAUCCCAAACGCAUAAGGAACUGGCAUCUGGGCGACAAGGGAACGGCGCCUCCGGAGGACAUCGAUGAUGGCUAUCUGCCAAAGCACACGGACUCCUACAACCUGUCGGAGGAGUUCGCCCAAUACGAAAAGGUGUGCCGCGGAGAGGUGCAUCCCAUUGCCCGCCAGGAACUGCGGUGUCGCUAUAGCCGUGGAAGUCAUCCUUACCGCUACCUGGCGCCACUGAAGCUGGAGGAGCACAGCCUGGAUCCCUAUGUGGCAACCUACCACGACAUGCUGAGUCCGCGAAAGAUCUCACAGCUCCGGGAAAUGGCUGUGCCGCGCAUGCGUCGCUCCACAGUGAAUCCCCUGCCCGGCGGACAGCACAAGAAGUCCGCCUUCCGGGUGAGCAAGAAUGCGUGGCUGGCGUACGAGUCGCAUCCGACGAUGGUGGGCAUGCUCCGGGACCUGAAGGAAGCCACCGGACUGGAUACCACCUACUGCGAGCAGCUCCAAGUGGCCAACUACGGCGUGGGUGGGCACUACGAGCCGCACUGGGACUUCUUUCGGGACCCCAAUCAUUAUCCCGAGGAGGAGGGCAACCGCAUUGCCACUGCCAUAUUUUAUCUGUCCGAGGUGGAGCAGGGCGGUGCCACCGCCUUUCCCUUCCUGGACAUCGCCGUGAAGCCGCAGCUGGGCAACGUCCUCUUCUGGUACAACCUGCACCGCUCCCUGGACAAGGACUACCGCACCAAGCACGCCGGCUGUCCAGUGCUCAAGGGCAGCAAGUGGAUUGGCAACGUGUGGAUACACGAGGUGACCCAGACAUUCGCCCGACCCUGCGACGUUUUCCGGGAUCACGAGGUGUCGCUGGAGUACGAGAUAAUCAAAUAAAGUUCGUGAUAGUCAGGUUAAA